UCCACCAUUUUUCUUUCUCUCUCUGUCUCGCAAAUUCCCUCAACUCAAAAGACAAAGGCCACCUUCAGAAAGAAAGAGUCUUUGUUUUGCCGCAGAUUGAUUUCAGAAACUGGAAGCAAAUCUUGCCAACAAUUCCCAUGGCUGAUGAAAGAGUUCACCCUCACCAGUCGCCCUCCCAGCAUGAAGAUGGUGAUAAAGAAGAAGUCUCAAAAUCCAGAGCUUUUCCUUCUCCUCCUCAAAACCAAAAAACCAUUCCUAAAUCUCCUCAACCGGCUGCUGGCACUUACGUUAUUCAAAUCCCUAAAGACCAAAUCUACCGCGUCCCUCCACCCGAAAACGCUGAGCGUUUCAGGCGCCUCUCUCGCCGGAAACCUUCUAGACCUUGCUGCUGCUGUCGCUUCGUCUGUUGCACCCUCCUCUCCCUCAUUCUCAUCCUCGCCAUCGCCUCCGGCAUCUUUUACCUCAUUUUUCGUCCAGAGGCGCCUCAUUAUUCCAUCAACUCUAUCUCCAUCAAACCUCUCAAUCUCUCUUCUUCUUCUUCUUCUUCUUCUUCACCUAUAUCUCCUCAGUUCAACAUUUCAGUCACCGCAAAAAAUCCCAAUGACCACAUCGGAAUCUACUACGAGACAGACAGCUCAGUCAAGGCUUAUUACGAGGACGUCGUCUUAUGCGACGGCGUUUUGCCGCAGUUUUAUCAGCCCAAUAAUAACGUUACAAUCUUCAAUGUGGAUCUUAAAGGCUCUACUAUUCAGUUAGCGAGCUCCGUUCAAAACCAGCUAGUAGAGGCUGAGAAAUCCGAAACGGUGCCGCUUAGGAUAUAUUUCAUAGCUCCUGUCAAGAUCAAGGUGGGGUCAGUGAAGACGUGGACGGUCAAGGUCAAGGUCAAUUGUCAUCUAACGGUGGAUAAGUUGACAUCUCAGUCGAAGAUUAUGUCAAGGGAUUGUGAAUAUAAAGUGAAACUUUGGUGGGUAAGGUAUUAAUAUGGAUGGAAGGGGAGUGUAUGGUUGUAAGAAUAUUAACAUUCCGCCCGCUUGCGUUUUAGUUAAUUUUCUGGUUUUGUGGUGGUUUACAAGGGGAUAAGGGACAAGACUUAUCCUUGUUGGGUUUUUUUUUUUUUUAAUUGGGAUCUUGUCUGUAUUUAUUAGACGAGUAUAUCUGAAAUAGUGUUACUAAACUUAUAACUACUACACUAAUUAAAUUAAAA